AUGAGUCUCUACAACAACCGUUAUGGGAGUACACGUGGCUUCAGUAGCCGAUCUCAAGGCUCGCUGUCUAGUAGACCCUCAAUGUAUCGGGCCAGCACCAGCGGCUUCCAGCCUGGACUUCAGAGGUACAUCAGUGGUCUGAAUUUAUCCCGUGCCAUUCCAGGGUCCAGCACCUUCCUGCUCUCAUCACUGCCCAACUUGGAGAUCGAUCCCAAGCUGCAUGAGCUCAGGUUGAACGAGAAGGAGCAGAUUAAGGGUCUGAACAAUCAGUUCGUCAAUUUCAUUGAUAAGGUGAGUAUUCUAGGUGAGACAAUCCUAUGAGUAUUAGUCUCUUACGGGGUUAUGUAGUAAAGUGGGAAUUGUUGGAAAUUCAAAGUGAAUAUAAGAUUGGAGGCCAAAUGUAUUAAACCUGGAGAAAUUCUCCUCAUCAGCUGUUUUCUUUUCAGUUUGGCAAACUUUUUAGUAAAAUUUGAAAUUGACUUCCUGACAAUUCAUAUUUUUGUGAAUAACCCUGUUUUUGUUUAAAAUUCUCUCUAUCAAUUGUUCUGCGCUUUGGAAUAUGUUGGUGCUGAAAUUCUUCCAUUGUAAUAGUAACAUACUUAUUUGAAUUCUGGGUGGGGUGGAAGAAAAUUAAAAAUCCCCAAUACUAAAACUUUGGGGAAGAAUUACAGAAUUCUUCCUUUGCGGCUUGUCUGGUUUGGGGAUAAAUUUUGCGACUCAGUUAUAGGAGCACCACGAACGUUUAGUGAAUAAACCUUUAACAUUAAGAAGCAUCAAUGUGCGGUGUGAACCCAGUCCUAUUUCAUACUAAUUUGUUUUAUUUGAAACUAUACUAUUAUAAUUAUGACCUUGCUUUCUUGCAGAUACGUUAACAAAAAAUAAUUUAGGACUAAAAGUGGUAAACGUAGUAAGUGCCAAAAUCGAAAAUGUUGGGAAAUCACAAAAAAAAAUUUUUCCACCUAUCUGGCACUUAGAACUAGUGAUCUCUUUACAUGCUCUUUUGAACUACUUAGAGGACUAUCAGGCACUUUUCACGUUUACCACAUUAUAAAGCAUUGCUCAUUUGACACUUAAACGUGGAAAACGGUGUUUGAAUGUUUUUGGCACUUGCAUUGUUUACCACUUUUAGUCUUCAAUUGUAUUUAAAUAUCCAAUCAGCUAUAUUUGAUUGCAUGCACAUAAACCAUCCUAUUUGUAUUUUUAUAUUUGUGUUGUUUUUUUUACAGUAAAUGUAAGUCUCUGACUGACACAAUCUUUACGUUAUACAUGUGUAUAUUAGUAAAAUACAUUUCUGCAAAAAUGUCAACAUCCUUUGUGCAUUUUGGAUGAUCACAGCAUGUGAGGAAUGCGUGUAACAAGCAUACGAGUGACGUCUGAUAUACUGAAAGGGUUAAUCAUUUUAAUAAUGAUAGUCUGCUUUAGAAAAGUAAAUCUUACAGGGUUAGUUACUAAUGUGAGAAUUCAAGGAGAAUUUCAGAUUUAAGUUUCAAAUAGCGGAACUGGAACCAUUCUCCAAGUCAGCUGUCAAUAUUGCUUUUAUGCUUUCAAUUUGGCUACUUUGACCUUAAACGUCAAUUCACUUUUUUUACACAAUAAAAGAGGUUGAGAUUUCCUGUAUAAAUAUAUUAGCCAGAAAAACAAGGCAUAACCUGAAGUUGGAUGGACAGGAAUGUUGACAAUUCAUGAAAUAGCCACUUUCAGAGGUGUUAGAAAUGAAUAUAUUAGAGGAGUUAAAAAUGAUAAUAAUAAUUAUAUAUAUAGUUUUUGUUAUUUUAUUUGAAUUUUUUUGUAUAUAUAUCUGUACUAUAAGAGAGGGGAUGUUUAAUGGAUGAUUCAAUCUAGCAGGGUUAUUCAAUAAAUUGAUAAUAGUCUUAAAUUCAAAGGGAAUGUCAAAUUUCUGGCUAAAAUGAUCAAACUAAUCAUAUUUGUCUUAGAGAAUUUCUCUAUUUUGGCUAUAUUGGCCUUAAAUUUGAAAUUCACUUUGCAGUCACUUUGAAUUCUUGAAAGCUGAUUUAUUUAAUAACCCUGCAUGUUUAUGUAUCAAUCUUAUCUGAGCCAGAUGUGAGCUUUGCAGAUAACUGUCAGUUUAAGUAUUAUAUCAAUAACACCAAAUAUAUAGAAAGGCUCUUGGAUUAACCCUUUAAUAGAGCACAAUUAAAAACACCCACUGUAAGAGGUAGGUCAACAAUACAAGCUAAUGUUUCUUAUUUUCAGGAAUCACAAUCCCAUUUUUCCCAAUGGUAUCGGAUCCAAUGGAAAAGUCCUGCUUUAGGGCCCAGUCCCUCUGUCAUUAUUCUGUGAGCAGUGCUUGCUGCAAAUCAAAGCUGUUUGCAGGUACUGGGCUCUGCGCAGAGAUGUGGCAAUAGAUGGCAAAGAGACGAGGGCUUUGAGCCCAAGGAUAAACUUUAUAACCAUGCUAUAUUAAUCUGGUACCCACAGUAAUACCUCCAAACUUGGAGCACUAGACCUACACUUAACCCCCCAACCCCCCAGCAAUGCCACAAGCUCUGCGCAUGGGCGGCCCUUUAGCCUGGAUUGGUGAGUAAACUAGAGCUUACACACACAUUCCCUGCCUCUGCGCAUCGCCAGUAAUAUUCUUGUUUGGUGUACCCCACAUUCUGCCUCUACUACCAUCUUAAAUCCUAACUUCAUACCUUUCAGUGUUGGGAACUAUUCUAUCCCAAUAGAGAAACCGUCACAGAUAAUUCAAUUAAAAUAACAUUCCAGGCAAACGUUCAUAGUAAUUCGUAGAGCUGCCUGGAGAACACACGUAACAAGUCGUGUUCUGCCAAAAAUUACUGGAAACACGGAUUUAAAGACACCAUUAAAAUAUUCAUAAUACAUGGCAUUAAACAAACUGGGUGUUAAUUCAUAAAUUAUAGUAUUUCCCAGCUUACUGGUAAAUAUUGCAUUGACAUUUCAGGAAUGAAAGGCUGAAAAAGAUCAUUUUGACCUGCCUUGGUCCAAAAUCUUUUUAAAUGCAAUUCAACCUUUGACCACUGGGUGUCAGCAAUGUGUUGACUACUGGAACAAUUUCUAUGUAAGAAUAUGUAACUGGCUCCUUUAAUACACUCUAUUAACGUUUAGCCUUUUUCUCUCAUAGGAUACACAAAGGGGUUUAGUGCACUCCCUCAGAUUUAAUCCAGGUUGUUACUCUUACCUGGAGGGGUGAGCUGAGCUGGGCCUACUGAUAAUGAUUUUCUCAACCUUACGUUUCAAACAAGAUCUACAGUUGGUGUAUUAACCAAAUGAGCUACACAUCACCACUUUAAAUGGUCUUCGUAUGGUAACAGACAGAGGACAGGGAGAUAUGUGAUACGUGUAUCAAGGCUGCUGUGUGCCUCAAAGCUGGCUCAGUCAUAUCUUAGUGCAUAUCACCAAGAGUAGGAGAAUGUGACCCCACCACUUGUUCUGCAGUGAAUUGAUUACCCUCAGGCACGAAGGGUUAAUAGAGCUCUGGGUUGUCUUUAACCCCUUAAGGACACAUGACAUGUGUGACAUGUCAUGAUUCCCUUUUAUUCCAGAAGUUUGGUCCUUAAGGGGUUAAACAAAUAGAGUCAGUGUGUGGUUUAAUAAGGCCCCAAUGAAUGUUGACCACUCCGGGACAGUAAAGUGCUCGAUGUACAAUGCUGAAUUAAAUUGGCUCUAUCUAUGGCUCAGUUUUGUAAUAUAAAGAGCCAGCUCUAGACAUACAGGUAAAUUCACACUUUAGUGAAUAAUAAAGUAUUUAUGUAUCUUAUGCUGCUUUUAGGAGAGAGAGAAAAAUAAAACGUAAUUGCUAAAACUGUCUGAUUCCAUCCAACCAAAUUCUCAUAGCAUUUGCAUUGAGAUAAUAUAAAUAUUGUGCAGAGGCCAAAGAUUUGUCCCGAAUUUCAAUGCAUGCCCCCCAGGUAAGCACAGAGCUCACCCAACAUAUCUGGGUCAAUCGGAUAGAUUCUGGGCAUCCUGGACCCAAUCGAUGGAUUUAGUUCUUCACAAAUUAAGAAUCACGUUUAGAAACCACGUUUUAUCACAAACAUUUUUUACAUUGUGACAAACUUUUUGAUGGGUUCCUAAUAUAUCACCAAGGCUCUAAGCAGCUUCUUGUAUAUCAGCAGCCCAUAUGAGAGGUUAAAACUGGGGUGCGCAUGGACAUCAAGUCUCUUCUUCCAGUUCAGUGGGAUUAAGAUCUACGUUACUCUGAAAUAUAAAUAAAGGGUUUAACAAAGUAAACAUUGGUUGUUUAUUUAUUGUAGUUAGUUUUAAUUAAAUCUCAAAUACUGUUUCUUGAUUUUCCCACAUGAAGAAUUGUGUUAAUUGGCCUCGCCUUGUUAAUAUGUACCCAGACUCUAUCGAACUCGCCUGCCAAUUCCUGGGCAUGGGGCGGGGGUGAGCUCUGCCAGGUUACUGGAUAAUGGUGGGUAGAAAAACUCGCAAAUAUUAAACAGCUUCUUAUUUCAUUAUUAAUCCCCUGGGAACAAUGCUCCAGGCAAACAGACAUUGUGUAAUCCCGGAGGCCUCGCUCCCAGGCAGACUGUGUGCAGUACCCAGCCAAGAGACAGGGCCGGUGCGUUACUCCACCCAUCACAUUGGUUUGGACACAACCCUGAAAAUAAAUAGAAGACAGGAUUACUCCUCAAAUUGUCCGCUGACAUUAUUAACCAUUUAAAUACUACCGGGACGCUUAUUGAUGGGAACACACAAUGAACCUAGAGCGGCUCUAGGACAAAGUUCUAAAAUUGGAACAAUCAACAAAAAUACACUUUUGGUUUCCAUGGUGAUUUCUCCAGUCUCCAAAUUUUUGGCAAUUUAGUCCAGGAUUGCUAUUAAUUCACAUGUAACUGGUUCAUAAUGUAUGGGAACUGCUAGAGGUUCAUGUCUUCUCAUGACACCUAGUGGGCAAAUAUGUUAAUUGCAAUUUCUUCCACAAUCCAACAAGGAGGUUAUUUGCAAUGCUUCAUUUGUCAUAUAUAUAUCAGUGUUGGAAAUCGUGUUGCCCUGCGGAUUCUGGCUGCUCCUUCCAUGAAUUGAUGAAUUGUACAGAGAAUACAUCAGUCUGACAUCUACAACACAUAGCACAUAACACAACACUAUAUAAAACAUACAACACAUAACACAACACUAUAUAAAACAUACAACACAUAACACUACAACAUAUAGAACAUACCACAACACAUCGCAAAGCACCUAGCACAUCAUACAUGAAGAAUAUAUAAUAAUAAUGGUCUAUUUUGACCAAUAUAGCCAGCUGGAAAACUAGCCAUAUUGGAGAUAUAUUGGCACAAUAUUAGCAGUUUGGUUGUUUCUGGACCAACUUGCUGUGCCAUAAUAGCCAGCAUCAUCAGUGGUGACUAGAUGGGCAUAUGUAAAACACAAGCUAUAGGGCUGCCCAGAAAUCACUGUUGCACUGAUACAAUUAGGGAGAUUUAUCAAAGUAUUCUUUUUUAAAGAAAUUAUGCAAAUAUGUAAAGGGGAGGAGUCAGCAAUGGAAUGUGCUGACUGGUUCUGCUGGUUUCCAUGGUGAUUGCCCCACGUUUAGCACUCAUUUUUCAGAACAUGAUACUCUACUAAAACUUCCCCAUUGUAUGUAUAAAAAUUUAUAUUUAUGGGAUUAUCUCGUCUCAGAACUCAACGUUUCAGACCUAAGAUAAAUAUUGUAACUAAGCAGCAAACCAACAGAGCUCAUCAUGGCUCCAUUAGCUUGAACCAAUUAAUGUCUAGUUAUUUUUUGGUGGAUUGUUUACAGGUACGGGACCUUGAACGGCAGAAUAAAGUUCUUGAUACCCAGCUGCACCUGCUGAAGGACAAGGACAGUUACAAGUCUAAGGUUGACCAGAUCACCUUGACUUCGAGUAACCACCUAAAGCAGCAGAUUGAUUUACUCCUGCGUGAGAAGGACAAGCUGCAGGUGGAGUUCCAUAACAUGCAAGCAGUGGUGGAGGAUCUCAAGAGCAGGUUAGUGGAACAUUCUGUCUAUUGCUCAUUAUGGGAGUUAUAGGGAGUGCUUUCUAUCUACUAAACUUUUUCCAAGAAUUAAGGAAGGACAUCUCUCCAAAAAUGUUUUUGCAUAAAGUCUGUUUACAAAAGUGGUGUAAUAGAAACCAGUGCAUGCUUAUUGCUCAUUAGCCUCUAUCUGUAAGGUGCCUUGAAACUUGGUGGCAACUACAAACCUAGCUAUCAGAGAUGUUACAUUGUUCCAUAACCCAUGAAACCCUUCAAUGAGAAACAUAUUUAUUCUCUGAGGAUAUUCCCAUAUCCCACAUUUUCCACGUUGCUUUGAGAUUCAGUUCAUUAACCAUGUGAAAUUGAGAAUCUUCUCAUUUCUGAUAAUCUGUCCAUUCAUUCUAUGAACCUUCCAGUUCACUAGGAGAAUGUGUCCUUCUUCCACGAGAAUCUUCCCAUUCACAUUGACACCACAAGAAUAUGUCUAUUUACCAUGAAAAAUAGCUUAUAUACAUUGGAAUUAUACCACUUCCCCCUUCCCCGAGACCUGAAACAUUUGCCUGUUUUGCUUGGUUUAGCUGUGUAAGGUGUAGUAUGGGUGUUAUGGUUCCCUAUAGAUGGUCAAUGUGAAGGAGCUUUUAAGGAUCUGAGCAGUCCCAACUCUUGCACGUGUUUUGUCAUUCCAUUUCUAGUCCUUGUAAUACCAAACCAAAUGUUCUAUUUCUUGCAGAUAUGAGGAUGAAAUUAACAGGCGAAAUCAACUUGAAAAUGAUUUUGUGUUGACAAAAAAGGUAAGUUAUAUGACACAAGAACAAUAAUGGUAACAUUUCCCAUAUUAUAAAUCAAUGUGUUAACUUGGAGAAUGAAAAUGGAGUUGGAAUCUGAUUGGCCGGUGCAGUAAGGAAAAUAAUUUAAUUCCUGUAUGAAGGAGGAAACUUUGCUCUAUGAUGUUGGAUCCCAUCCAGUGAGUCCUUCACCAGUUACAUGAAUUGUUUUGUUUCCACAGGACUUGGAUGAUACUUAUCUUCACAAAGUGGAUAAUGAGUCCAAAGUGGAAAACCUGACAGAUGAGAUCAACUAUGUGAAACAGCUCUAUGACGAGGUAUAAUAAAAUUAUAUCAGGGUACAGCAAGGACACAGUGUGUUGUGUUUGGGUUUCAAUGAUGUCCUCAAUGUUUUAUGUCAUUAUUACCUAGCUCAAUGAUACUCAUUUAAUAGAACUUAGGUGAUCAAGAAAGGCUGAUUGGACCCAGCUGGAACAAAAUUUCCUGAAACCGAAUCUCAGUUAGUGCAGUGACCACAGAGCUAUCGCACAUGGACAAAAGAACAUACUCAGAACAUGCUCAGGGCACGUAUCCUUCCAGCAGCCCUCCUGUCUUUGUUAAUUACCAUUAGGUGGGGAGUCCAUUAUCUGAUUACUCUAUAGGUUUCCAUCACAAACCAGGAGGGAUUUGACAUGAUAUUUCUAUGUCCUUAGUCUUUUCUGAUACUGAAUGGUAGAGGAGCAAGACAGUGACCCAUUGUUCAGCACUACAGAAUCUGAUGGUGCACUAAAGAACCUCCUGGACAGCUCACUAAGAAUGCAGCUUCACAAUGAAUGUAAAAUGGAUGCUGUCCAGGAAGUGGGAGGAUCUGGGAGGGAGGGUCUGCUGCUGAUUGGCUGGAAUGUGUCUGCUGACUGUGAGGUACAGGGUCAAAGUUUAUGUUUAUGUUCGCCAUUCAUGGCGAACCGUUCGGCGAACCGUUCGGGACAUCACUAAUAAUAAGGUGUGCCAUUUGAUAUACAGAUUCAUUUCAUCCUCACACUAGACAGCCAUUAGAAGUCCAUGCAAUAUAGCACAGAUGAUGCAACACUCUUGCAUAUUGUGUAUCAGUUUAUUGAUUCACUUUAUAGGUGAUAAUAUUGAUGUUGAUAAUGACCUUUCUUAAGCAUAGACAGUGGGAGCAGGUGGACUCAUUCAUCCUGUUUCUAGAUUUUAACUGCGUACCUUACGUGUAUAUCUCAGUACAUAGAUGAUCGGUGGAUAACACAUGUGAUGGUGUCUAUAGCGAUCCUGUAGGUCUAACACCACUAGAUCAUCUUACAGGAGGUACUAGAACUGCAAUCUCAGGUGCAAAACGCCAAGGUGACCGUGGAGAUGGACAAUAAUCGGGACUUGGAGAUGAAGCAUGUCAUGGAGGAGGUGAAGGCUCAGUAUAAAAACAUGGCAGACAAGAGUCGUCAGGAGGUGGAACACUGGUACAAGAGUAAGGUAUGUGUGUCAUAAAAUAGUUAAUAAAAAAAUCAUUUUUAAUUUGUGUCUCAAAAAAAACCCCAAAGCAAUCAGAUUUCUCUCUUGAUCAACCAGUUGUUAUUAAUGACCAUAAUAAAAAUGAUAGCCCUAUAUACCAGGCUAUGCCAAAAUAAAGUAUCCAGAUUGCUUGUCAUAGAAUGUGCUGAAUUUGAUAAAUCAUCGUCUCAAGGCAAAGAAUUCCAUAUCUGGAAAAAAAAUCAUGGAUUAAUAACCUUUGGCACUCCAUAUGUUGUGGACUACAUCUCCCGUGCCAGUAAUGUGACUGUAAAAAUAUUAUUGGAGGUGUAGUCCACAACAUCUGGAGUGCUGAAGAUUGCCUACUGCUGGUCUAAUUAUUACUAGACUAAGCUCCCUAAGCACUUAUCAGUAUAUUCUGUUAGUAAUUACACACAAUCAAAAGAAACCACCAAGGUCAGUUUGAGGGGUUUAUUGCAGGACAUGCAUGCGUGACCUCCAGGGUCAAUCCAUUCAUUGAAUAAGAACUCUUUUAGAAUUUAUACAAUUUCCUGGUUACAUAGCUAACAUAUAUUGCUAACAGAAUGCUGUUUUGCUCUCUCAGAUUUGCACAAUCAUUGCUAAAACAGACGUGUUUACAAGUGACUUGAAGCUGAGACCACCCUCCUAUUCAUAUUCUUAGAAUAUGGUGAGGCGAUAUGUUACAGCCUGACUGCUUUAUCACAUUGGUUACAUCAUUCUCACACAUUGCACAAUGCACAUAUAUUGCAUUUUCAUUCACACCAGCAGUUAGAAGAGAAAAACAACUUUUAAGCAAACUCGGUUUUUAGCUCAUUCAGCUCUCUCAUAGGUUACAUUGUCCAUAAAACUUUACAUGGCAGUAUACCAUUUUCUACCUUCAUUUUAUUUAUCCAGUAAGGUAACCGUGAUAAUGGAAACAGUUCAGGAACUAAUAAUUGACUUGAUGGCUAACAGAAUAUCCGAGUAAACAAAUUAAGGUACACUCAGAAUGUAACAUUUCCUAUUGUGUUAAUAAAUUCAUUAUUAAUCUUCGGUUACUCUCCUCUCCACUUGCCUGACUAUAUCUUGCACUAGAGAAAAUAUUUCCAAAACUGGCCAAUUGAGCAUCUCUAUUGUCAGACAAUAUAUGAGAUUACUGGGAGUUUAUUCCAAACCGAGCAGUUCUGUUAAAAUUAAAGAGUAGAAUGUAGUUAUUUAUUGUUACAUUAGAGAACACUCUGUGUUGGCAUGUACUUAGCAGGAUAUGCAUACUCGUUGCAUGUUUUCUCAUUUGUAGAUCGAUGACAUGGUAAACCAGGCCAGGAGAACAGAUGAUGAAUUGAAGUCUGUGAAGAAUGAGAUUGGAGAUUUACAUCGAAUGAUCCAAAGAGCCAACAGUGAAAAUGAGGCCCUAAAGAUCCAGGUAUUAAGAUGCUCUAAAUAAGCCAAACACGCAGAAGGAGACCUUAAAGAGCCUUAUAUCAGGAGGGCCAAAAGAGUCAGGUAUUAAGAGAUCCUAUGGAGCCAGGUAUUAGGAGACUCUAUGGAGCCAGAUAUUAGGAGAUCCUAUAGAGUCAGGUAUUAGGAGAUGCUAUGGAGUCAGGUAUUAGGAAAUUCUACGGAGUCAGGUUUGAGGAGAUCCCAUGGAGUCAGAUAUUAGGAGAUUCUAUGGAGUCGGGUAUUAGGAGAUCCUAUGGAGUCAGGUUUUAGGAGAUCAUAUGGAGUCAGAUAUUAGGAGAUCUUAUGAAGUUAUAUAUUAGAAGAAUUAGCAUCAGGUAUUAGGAGAUAUUCUAGACUCAAGUAGUAUGAGAUCCUAUGAUGUCCGGUAUUAGGAGGUCUUAUGGAAUCAGUUAUUGGGAGAUUGUAUGGAGUCAGGUUUUAGGAGAUUCUAUGGAGUGAGGUAUUAGGAAACUGAACAAGUGAUAUAAGUAGUGAACUUAUAUUCAAUGGUGAAGCACUAAAUGAUACAUAAUUAAAACAAUCAUUUACCCUUAUAUCAUGGUACAACCAGAGUGUGAAACAGAUAUGUAAAAGAGAAAACUGAAAGAAUUAUUAUAUAAAUGUGUAAAGAUGGUAAAUACACCCACUCACAUUGACUGGAGCCUAAGUCUAUUGGCUCUGUAAUAUGCGCCAAUUACAGAGCCAAUUACGGAGGCGCAUAUUACGCAUUAUAGGCAUAAGGUGACCUGAGGGAGCCGAAUAUUUGGAGAUCCUAUGGAGUCAUGUAUUGGAGAAGUGAACCGGAGCUAGAUAUUACAAAUUCCUCAGGAACCAAACAUUAGAAAACCCAAAGAGAGUGGUAUAAGGAUGUUCUGUGAUGUCAGGGAUUAGGAGGCCCUAUCAUUUUUUAUAUAAACUAAAUAAAAGAUUAGUAGCAAAUAUUUGCUUUUCCUUGGGCAUGAUGAAAACACAGCAUCAUCAGAGAUGGCUCUUUGUUGAAUAUUGGAAAGCUGAAAGCAACUCAGCAAACCAUAUUCUGAUUGGCCGGUUUACCUUGUUCUCUGCUGUGUUUUGGCCGCUGUAUAGAAACACGUAUCAGUAGAUUGUAUCUCUAACUAUAAUGCAAUGCUAGGUGUACCCAUGUUCAUGUCUAUGUGCAUUUUAUCCAAAUGGCAUUGUAGUAAACUAAGUCCUAUUUAUGUUUUCUCAGAGGUCAAAUCUAGAACAUGCAAUUGCUCUAGCAGAGGACCAUGGGGAACAGGCCAUCCAAAAUGCCAAGGCUCAUGCACAGGAGCUCGAAGAUGCAUUGAAGAGAGCAAAGCAAGACAUGGCACGAAAGGUGAAGGAAUACCAGGAUCUGAUGAACACCAAGCUGGCACUGGACAUUGAGAUCGCCACCUACCGGAAGCUACUGGAAGGAGAGGAGAGCAGGUGAGAACUGGGGAGAGGAUAAGGCAUACAAAGUGAAAGGGUCCUUUUUAAAGCUUUCUCACUGCAGAUUACCCUGGCCAAUGAGAGGGCAUUAGGAAACUAUAGUACUGAUCUUUCUUUUUAUAAUAGACGAUUGCUUUGAAAACACAGCUGAGAAACAAAAAAAAAGCACUUACAUCCUCCUUCCACCGGCACCAACUGUAGCGAUUCGGGGCUUCAGCACACCUGAACUUCCUAAUAACAACGCCUAUUAUUAUAUUAAUUUAAAUUUGUGAAUAAACUAAAAAAGUAAAGUACGCACUUUUUUUAGUCUAUUGUUGUUUGUGGGUGCGUGAGAACACUUGUUGCUCAAAGCACCAUGCGCACCAACUUAGCGUAUUGAAUUACUUAAAGCGCCUAAAACAUUCUUUGUUUAUAUUUACUUUAUAAAUCUUUUGUUUAUUGAAACUAACACUUUGAAAUAUUGUUAUGGAAGUCUGACAUUAAUUUGUAUUUAAGAAUAAGCAUAGUUACAGUUGCAAGAAAAAGUAUGUGAACCCUUUGGAAUGAUAUGGAUUUCUGCACAAAUUGGUCAUAAAAUGUGAUCUGAUCAUCAUCUAAGUCACAACAAUAGACAAUCACAGUCUGCUUAAACUAAUAACACACAAAGAAUGAAAUGUUGCCAUGUUUUUAUUGAACACACCAUGUAAACAUUCACAGUGCAGGUGGAAAAAGUAUGUGAACCCCUAGACUAAUGACAUCUCCAAGAGCUAAUUGGAGUGAGAUGUCAGCCAAUUGGAGUCCAAUCAAUGAGAUGAGAUUGCAGGUGUUGGUCACAGCUGCCCUGCCCUAUAAAAAACACACACCAGUUCUGGGUUUGCUUUUCACAAGAAGCAUUGCCUGAUGUAAAUGAUGCCUCGCACAAAAGCGCUCUCAGAAGACCUACGAUUAAGAAUUGUUGACUUGCAUAAAGAAUCAUAGAGUGUCAGCUAAAGACUUACGAAAGUCACUGGCAAAUGCUAACAUCCCUAGCGAAUCUACAAUACGUAAAACACUAAACAAGAAUGGAUUUCAUGGGAGGAUACCACAGAGGAAGCUACUGCUGUCCAAACAAAACAUUGCUGCACGUUUACAGUUUGCACAAGAGCACCUGGAUGUUCCACAGCAGUACUGGCAAAAUAUUCUGUGGACAGAUGAAACCAAAGUUGAGUUGUUUGGAAGAAACACACAACACUAUGUGUGGCGAAAAAAAGGCACAGCACACCAACAUCAAAACCUCAUCCCAACUGUGAAGUAUGGUGGUGGGGCAUCAUUGGGGCUGCUUUGCUGCGUCAGGGCCUGGAUGGAUUGCUAUCAUCGAAGGAAAAAUGAAUUCCCAAGUUUAUUAAGACAUUUUGCAGGAGAACUUAAGGCCAUCUGUCUACCAGCUGAAGCUCAACAGAAGAUGGGUGUUGCAACAGGACAAUGACCCAAAGCAUAGAAGUAAAUCAACAAUAGAAUGGCUUAAACAGAAGAAAAUAUGCCUUCUGAAGUGGCCCAGUCAGAAUCCUGACUUCAACCCGAUUGAGAUGCUGUGGCAUGACCUCAAGAAAGCGAUUCACACCAGACAUCCCAAGAACAGUUCUGUAAAGAGGAAAGGUCAAGAAUUACUCCUGACCGUUGUGCAAGUCUGAUCUGCAACUACAGGAAACGUUUGGGUGAAGUUAUUGCUGCCAAAGGAGGUUCAACCAGUUAUUAAAUGCAAGGGUUCACAUACUUUUUCCACCUGCACUGUGAAUGUUUACAUGGUGUGUUCAAUAAAAACAUGGCAACAUUUCAUUCUUUGUGUGUUAUUAGUUUAAGCAGACUGUGAUUGUCUAUUGUUGUGACUUAGAUGAUGAUCAGAUCACAUUUUAUGACCAAUUUGUGCAGAAAUCCAUAUCAUUCCAAAGGGUUCACAUACUUUUUCUUGCAACUGUAUGUAGUAAAUAUUUAGUCAGGGGACACGUAUAGUAGUACAUCGUGUCAACGUGUGUGUAUUUUCGAUUGAUUAAGUUUCCACUGGAGGUGGGGGGGUCCGUUGUUGUUUCAAGACAGUGGUGUGUCUGGUUACAUGAGUGUGUCAUUGGUAAUCUUGUGUGUUGUGUUGUCGAACGUGUUCUUUCUGUGUAGUUCGCAUUAUGUUUGAUGGUCGGUGGGUGUUUGCGAGUGUGUCUCAGUUAGUGCCUUUGUAAUCUAUGUUGGUUUAGGUGAAUUUAACAGCUUGACUAGCUGGGAAUGUAAGAAUAAAGAGCAUACAAUGGGUGUCUAAAAUUUGGAAACAUGGGUGUGGCUUUCCGCUCUAGGAGAAUGACUGCAUGAUUUCAGAAUUCCGGUGCCUGUCACGCUAUGACGUACUCUACCACCACUUACCUUCGGUUAUGGGGAAAUCUAAGCUCUCAGACAUGAAACCCUCUAUCCUGCAGAGGGGACCUCUGACAAUAUGGCGCCCACAUCUCAGGCCUCCACAGCCUCUGGUUGUGCGCACAGGCAGUGUCACCUACCCGCUCCAAGAGGCAGUGGGGUAACUGGACAGGUUCUCCCUCUUUACCUCUUUACAGUAUUCUAACCCACUGAUACCAGACCCCUGAGAUGAUCUCUGCCUAUUCUCCCUCAGCGAAUUCAGAAUGCUGGAGAUGUGGCAGAGAGUUGGGAACACACAUCGACCUCUGGUGGAAAUGCCGCUGAAUCACAUAGAAUGGUAUUGAAACUGACAGACAACCCCCUGCCCUUCACACCAGACAUAUUCCUUCUUCAUCUAUACUCACACUGAUAGGUAAAUACAAAGUAUCAGUACUCCCACACCUCUUUAACACAGCCUGGAGGUGUAUUUUCCAGUCUAUUAGGGACUGGAUUUCAAACGUGGACGACAUUUGGUGAAUUGAGGAAUUAGUUCUGUCAGAUAAUUCUAAAAGGUAUAAGGCGACUUGGAUACACUAGAUGGCCCUUCUUGAGGCUGACUUUCAAGAGAUCAUUGCACAUACCUCCACCACUUACCAUGGGGCUCUCUGGCAACUGGCGGGAUGUCUCCAAAAAGAAUACUUACCUAUCUCCAUGGUAACCUGGACCUUUCAAUAUAUACGCUCCUUUUUUCUUCUCUCAGUGUUUUUGAAUUCUGGGAUUCUCCAUUUUUUGCUCUCCAUUAGUUUAAAGUAAUCCAGACAUGGACCCCUUGCUCACGGUGCCUAGAGAGAUAUCAGCUAUGCCUCACUGAUGAUGCCUAACAAGGCUGAAACGAUCGUCUGGCGUUGCUGUAUCUCUCGUGCAGAGAGAACUUGCUGGCAUUUUGGAUCUGGACUGCCCGUAUGGGUGGGACCAGUCUGAUAUGCUUCAGAUAUGUUCUCUCUGUAAUGGCACAAGAUGAGCUAAAACCAGCUUGAGAACUGAGCGGGGACCGAACGAAGGGCAGGCUAUUUUAGCUGCUGUCCGUUCUCAGAAUACUCUUGCGACCCAUUUUUUGCUCUCCAUUAGUUUAAAGGGUAAUCCAGAUGUGUAUUGCUCACGGUGCCUAGAGAGAUAUCAGUUAUGCCUCACUGAUGAUGCCUAACAAGGCUGAAACGAUCGUCUGGGGUUGCUCUAUCUCUCGUGCAGAGAGAACUUGCUGGCAUUUCGGAUCUGGACUGCCCGUAUGGGUGGGACCAGUCUGAUAUGCUUCAGAUAUGUUCUCUCUGUAAUGGCACAAGAUGAGCUAAAACCAGUUUGAGUUCUGAGCGGGGACCGACCGAAGGGCAGGCUAUUUCAGCUGCUGUCUGUUCUCAGAAUACUCUUGCAAACCAUUUUUUGCUCUCCAUUGGGUUUCUCCUUAAGCCUGACUUAUUAGGAUAUAUUUCAAUAAAAGAUCUGGCGAACCCUGACAAUCCUGUUAUCACAAUGAAUUCUCACCAAAGUGUUAUGUGAUAUAAUAGUCGAUUGUUCUUGAAUGAGACUGUGAGCUAUAUCUGGCUUUGUUUGUACAUUCCUUUAUCUGCUUUUAUUUUAUUUGUGUAUUUUGUAUAAUUUAAAUAUUCUAAGCUCUAUAAACAUUGAAUUCUAAAAAUAAAAUAAAAACAUUUGGAAACAGUUUUUUAUCAUUUGUAAUGUCAUACAUUUUUUUAUUUCCCAGGCUGAAUAACCACUCAACUUCAAAAUCGCAGCUCAGUGUCUUUGACAAAAUGGGUAGGUAUGUGAAAAAACACAUUGUUAUUUACAUUUCAGGCCAGAGUAGCCAAACUGAAAGCAUAGUUGACUUAGAGAAUUGUAUCAGUUUGGCUAAUUUGGCCUUAAAUUUGAUAUUCUCUUGAAUUCUCACUUUACUGAAUAACUCUGCCACUGGUUUAUAAACUGUGCCAUGACCUUCUAUCUUGGGUUGUGGUCAAUAUGCUGGGCAGGCAGCAAAUCCAGUGAGAGUUCCAUAGAGAUUGGUUGAGUUGGAUCAUUAUGAUUGGUUGGUUAAGGGAGGUAAGCACCCACCACUUUCUAUUAUUAAUUGAAGGUGUGGGUGGAUUGAUAAGGAAUAUUAUUUAAUAAUAAAUGAACGCACCGAUAUGGAUUUGCUAAUUCGAAUGCAUUGCAGACAGAAAAUGUUUACAUUUUAAAUAAAUACAUUAAAAAAAUAACAGCAAUAAUUGGGGCUCAAUUCUCUAAUUUAUCAUAUGAUCUUCAAUGACACCAUCCUCAGCCGGGCAGUGUUUGCGAUAUUGUAUCCAAUCCUGAUCCUCCCGUAACUUGCUCUGUUCGGCAUCCACAGCAUGCUCACAAAUACUUCCACAAGUCUCUCCACGUUCAUUAUCAAAAUUAAUGUGACACAUUUUUAGAGGUUUAUGGGUGCCAACAUGCUGCUAUGUGCUCACAGACUUCAUUCUCAUUAUAAACCCAUUUUUAGUUUCCAUAAUAAGUUAGAAAUGUGUUAUGGGUGUAUCUUGCAUAUCUGUAAAUAUCUUAAUAGCAGUACAUCCUGUAUGGCGCUUGUAUGAGCAGUUGUUGUAAUGGAUAAUAAAUAAUGAAUCCUUAUUGGUAGAUUAAUAUUAUUUUCUACGGACUUCUAUCUGAAAGAUGAAUUUAAAGGGGCUGAGUAGACAAGAGUUAUAAUCUCAGUUACAUUCCAGGCAGCUAACUGAUGGGAUUUCUUUUUUACACCAUUUAACUAUUUUUUUCCCCAUCUUGUUUUAUUCAGCCAAUUUCUUAAACUUAGAUACGAAAAGUAGCUCGGCACCACGGACGUCUUCAGGACCAAAAAAAGUGGUUCUGGUGAAGACCAUCGAAACCAACAACGGAAAACAGCUGUCUGAGUCAAGUCACUACUCAGAGGAGUAAGCUCUGCAACUUAGGAGACCUCUCCUCGACCCAGCACUUGCAGUGUUCUACGUGAUAUCUUUCUGUUACAAACUGGCUUACCGUUUUCCAAUCUAAGUGUAAGACACAGAAUAUAGAUUUAUAUAUACCUUAAAUCCGGGAGAGGUGGGUAGGCUCUGUAACUGCUGAGACUUGGGUUCAAUCAAAAUACCGGAUUCCUCCUCCAAGAAAAAUUGUCCAAUCUCAAUCUUCAAAAGAUGAGAGAAAAAGAAAACCUUUACUGAAACAACAACACAGUUAAGGUUUUACAGGGAAAAUGAUGCGUUUUGACGUAUUUUGGGUCUAGCCUGGCACUUUAUCAGAGACAUAGACUAUAUUUUCCUGAGACGGAAUCUGCAAUAUUUUGAAUGAACCUUCCAUAGAAGGUCUAUCUAUCACGUAGUUGAGAGGUGACACUUCUCUGAAAUCUGUUAAAAGAACACUAUAGUGUUAGUAAUUCAAAACUGCAUUACAUUUUGAAUUUAAUUAUAUGUGGAGAAUAUCGUCGAAAUAUUUUGUAACAGGUUUAGAAUCAUAGAAAACAGUACAAUACAAUUGUUACGGACUGCGUUUGUGCCACCUACUGGAAGCUUUGCAAACUACAGCUAUGAGUCAGAAUGUAGAACAAUUGGCUGGUACGGGAAUGCAGUACUGUUAUAAUAUCACAAACUACCCAAAGUUACACAUUCUCCACUAAUACAAGUUUAAAUCUUAUAAACAUUUAUCACUUGAAAGUAAAUAGUUUAUGUUUUAAAGUAAACUCAAGAUAAUAAAAUAACAAUAUAAAUUUUAUGCUAUUUUUACAUUUGAUUCCGAAAUGUAACAGGAUGCGAUUCAAAGAAACGCUAGUUAUUAAAAUUUAGAUAUUUUUUCUUAAAAAAACCUGUGUCAGAGCCUGCUGUUACUAGGACUAUAUGCUGGUUUUAAAUAAAAUGACAUUUGUACUAUAUACAUGCCAUAAUAUUUGUAACACAGACUAUGACAUACUAUAGACAUGUUCUAUGUGUACAGGACUGCAGUAUAAUAUGUCUUCUCACUCCAUAUACAAAAGCAUUAUUACACAGGCCCAUCAAUGCCCCAAUUUAAACCACCAGACCUAUCAAUACCCCAACCCAAACCAAUAGAUUGAUCAAUACCCCAAUCCAAACCAACAGACAUAUCAAUACCUCAAUCCAAACCAACAGACAGGUCGAUAACCCAACCCAAACCAAUAGAUUGAUCAAUACCCCAAUCCAAACCAACAGACAUAUCAAUACCUCAAUCCAAACCAACAGACAGGUCGAUAACCCAAUCCAAACCAACAGACAGGUCAAUACCCAAAUCCAAGCCACCAGAUUGAUCAAUACUUUAAUCCAAACAGACAGACAGGUCAAUACCUCAAUCCAAACCAAGAGACAGGUCAAUAUUCCGAUCUGAACCAACAGACAAACAUGUCAAUGCCCCGAUACGAACCACCAAACAUGUCAAUACCCCGAUACGAACCACCAAACAUGUCAAUACCCCGAUACAAACAACCAAACAUGUCAAUGCCCCGAUACGAACCACCAAACAUGUCAAUACCCUGAUACGAACCACCAAACAUGUCAAUACCCCGAUACGAACCACCAAACAUGUCAAUGCCCCGAUACAAACCACCAAACAUGUCAAUGCCCCGAUACGAACCACCAAACAUGUCAAUACCCCGAUACAAACAACCAAACAUGUCAAUACCCCGAUACCAACCACCAAACAUGUCAAUACCCCGAUACAAACAACCAAACAUAUCAAUACCCCGAUACCAACCACCAAACAUAUCAAUACCCCGAUACAAACAACCAAACAUGUCAAUACCCCGAUACCAACCACCAAACAUGUCAAUACCCCGAUACAAACAACCAAACAUAUCAAUACCCCGAUACCAACCACCAAACAUGUCAAUACCCGAUACCAACCACCAAACAUGUCAAUACCCCGAUACCAACCACCAGACAUAUCCCAAGAAAGCAGACAGAUUAAUACAGAUGAAUUUGAUCUGUCGGGUAGGUCAAUAGUCCCAACUGCCAGUGCACACAAAACAUCCAUUCUUAAAUAA